AUGGGCAAGAAAGGAAAGGGAAAAAAGGGCAAGCAGGCCGAAGACCCCGCCCUGGAUCUGCCGCUUCUCCCAACCGAGCGCGUCUUCUCCGAGCAGGAGCUGAUCGUCCUCAACAAGCGCAUCGCCAAAGCCUUCGAGACGUUCGACCAAGCAAGCAACAAUACUUGCGAUGUCCGCGAAGUCGGAACAAUUAUCCGGUCCCUCGGCAUCUAUCCGACCGAGGAGCAGCUCCGAAACUAUAUAAAAGAUAUGAGCGAGGAGGAGCCAACAGGCUACGUCACCUAUGACAAGUUCCUCAACGUCGCCAUGGGAAUUUUCAAGAACCCAUCGUGCCGACGCGACGAUCAGGAACAACUUUUCCGAGCAUUCCUUACCCUUGAUGUCGACAAAAAGGGCUACCUGCUUCCAGAGGAGCUCAAGACGGCCCUCAUGUCCGACGGCGAAGCGUUCAGCCAAGAAGAAAUCAACGAGAUGCUGCUGGCCUGCACCGAUCCCACCGAGGGCAAAAUCUACUAUGAGGAUUACGUGGCGGUGCUGGCAGAAAAGUAA